AUGAUCGACCUUUCUUCCUCUUCUACUUUUAUGAGGGUAAUCAGUAAUGUGUUGAAUUUUGUAAAAUGUAUUGCUAGAAUCAGUUUUGUGAUAAUCAACAAUGUUUAUUGUGUACCUACAUAUGUAGUAUGGAUGACAUUAUUAUUUCCUGUAAAAGUUUAUCAACCACAAGUAUAUUGGAGGAUUGAAGGAUUAUUUUUUCAUUGGUUAUUAGCAAUGGUAUCAAUGUGGACUUGGUCUGCAGGCUAUGAUAUAAUAGAACAAGGUGAUGAUAUACAAAAAAUUAUUAGUGAAAGAACAUUAGUAAUAGCAAAUCAUCAAAGUACUGGUGAUGUUCCAAUACUAAUGACAACAUUUAAUGCAAAACCAAAUGUGUUACCUAAUUUAAUGUGGAUUAUGGAUAGGAUUUUUAAAUUUACCAACUUUGGUAUAGUUUCCAUUUUACAUCAGGACUUUUUUAUUGUAUCUGGCCGUAAACGAAGGGAAGAAAGUUUAAAGCAAUUAGAAAAACACUUAAAAAAGGCAUAUGUUCCAUUGAACAGAAAAUGGAUGGUUCUCUUCCCAGAAGGAGGUUUUUUAUGUAAAAGACGAGAAACAUCACAAAAGUAUGCUAAAAAGAAUAAUUUGCCAAUUCUUGAAAAUGUUACAUUACCAAGAGUAGGGGCAAUGCAGACUGUAUUUGAUACAAUUGGUCCAUUACAAGAAAGUACUACAUUAGAACAACAAUUGAACAAUAGACCAAAUAUGGAAGUAGCAAAACCAGAAAUCAAUUGGAUUCUCGAUAUAACAAUAGCAUAUCCUCAAGGCAAACCACUUGAUUUGCCCACAAUUAUAACUGGUUCACGACCACCAUGUGAAACAGUAUUGUUUUACCGAGUUUUUCCUAGUUCAGUGGUUCCGCGAGAACCAGAACUGUUAUCUAAAUGGUUAUAUGAUAGGUGGGCCGAAAAAGAAGCACUUUUGGAAAAUUUUUACAAAUACGGAACGUUUCUUGGCACGCAAGCACCUGCCAGUGAAGGUUCCAAGAUCCAUCAGGAUCCGUUGAGAUUCCUAGUCCUUCAUUUAUUUUUUAUAACAUCUAGCUAUAUACAUUAUAAUAUGUUCGCAUAUGUGCUAUCUUGCUUCUGGUAA